AUGUCAGAAUCAGUGGUCCCAUUGCCCCAGAGUGCAGGUUAUGCUGUGGUCGUCGGUCUUGGUUUCGUAUUUGCAGCCGGGAUGAUGUUAACCACCUAUAUAUUAAGAAGAUACAACAGGGAAAUAAUGACAGCAGAAGAAUUCGCAACUGCUGGUAGAAGUGUUAAAACCGGGUUAAUUAGUGCUGCCGUGGUUUCAUCGUGGACUUGGGCUGCAACUUUAUUAACUUCCACUACUCAAGUUUACAAUAAUGGUGUUUCCGGUGGGUUCUUUUAUGCUGCUGGUGCAACUUGUCAAAUUACUUUAUUCGCGUGUUUAGCUAUUAAGGGAAGAGAAAGAGCCCCAGCUGCUCACACUUAUCUUGAAAUUAUUAAAGGAAGAUAUGGUAAAGUUACCCAUUUUGUCUAUAUUUUCUGGGGGUUUGCAACUAACAUCUUAGUCACUGCUAUGUUAUUAACCGGUGGGUCUGCCGUGGUUAGUGACUUGACUGGUAUGCAUGCAGUUGCUGCUUGUUUAUUAUUACCUUUAGGGGUUGUGAUUUAUACUCUUUUCGGUGGUAUUAAAGCAACUUUCUUGACAGAUUAUGCUCACACUGUUGUUAUGGUUGUUAUUAUUAUCAUCUUUGCCUUUACCACAUGGGCUACUUCUGAUAAAUUGGGAUCUCCAGCAGCUGUCUGGGAAAUUGUUACCAAGUUAGCAGAAACUCAACCAAGAGAAGGUAAUGCCGGUGGAUCAUAUUUAACUAUGCAUUCUAGAUCUGGGGGUAUCUUCUUUGUUAUUAAUAUUGUUGGUAACUUUGGUACGGUUUUCUUGGACAAUGGUUAUUUCAACAAGGCUUUUGCUGCAAAUCCAGCUUCCACCUACCGAGGUUACAUUUUAGGAUCUCUUGCAUGGCUUCCAAUUCCAGCCUUCUGUUCUCUUACUUUGGGUUUUGCUGCAUUGGCGUUGGAACACACUGAACAUUGGCCAUUGGGUAGACCAAUGACUGCUGCUGAAGUUAAUUCCGGGUUAGUGUUACCAAAUGCUGCUUCUGCAUUAUUAGGUAAAGGAGGAGCCGUCUUGUCACUUUUGAUGGUUUUUAUGGCUGUCACUUCUGCCAUGUCUGCUGAAUUGAUUGCAGUAUCAACCAUUUGCACCUAUGAUAUUUACCGUACUUAUAUCAACCCUCAAGCAUCAGGUAAGAAGUUAAUUUGGGUUUCUCACAUGUCAGUUAUCGGUUUUGCCUAUAUUAUGGCUGGUUUUGCCAUUGGUCUUUACUAUGCCGAGGUUUCCAUGGGUUAUUUGUAUGAAUUGAUGGGUGUCAUUAUUGGUGGUGCAGUGUUAUCAUCAGCUUUGACGUUAUUAUCAAAGAGACAAAAUUGGCACGCAGCUACUUUCACUCCACCUAUUGCCACUGCCCUUGCUAUCAUGUCUUGGUUAGUUGUUACCAAGGUCCAAUUUGGUGCUAUUACUUACGACAACACUUUUGAAGAUAAUGCCAUGUUGACAGGUAAUUGUGUUGCAUUAUUGUCACCAUUGGUUCUUAUUCCUGCAUUUACACUUAUUUUCAAGCAACAGAAUUUCGAUUGGGAAAUAUUGAAGACCAAGAUUUUCAGAGUUGAUGAAGAAGAAGAAUUAGCAGAAGCUACCAAGGUCACCAUUGUAGAUGACGAAAGAAUCACCCCUAUUAAAUCUCAAAUCUCAGUCAUUGCUAGUCAAUUAGUUGAAAAAGAAAUUGACGGAUACGAGCAUGAACAACAAGUCUUGCACAGAGCAUUCUUCAAAUGUUGUAUUGUUUGUGUCACAUUGACUAUUUGUCUUUUGGUGCUUUGGCCAAUGCCAAUGUUUGGAACCAAGUAUAUUUUCUCCAAGCGAUUCUUCACUGGUUGGGUUGUCGUUUUCUUCAUUUGGAUCUUCUACACUGUUUUCCAAGUUAUUAUCUUCCCUAUUUGGGAAGGAAGAGAAAGCCUUUGUAAUACUUUCAGAGGUAUUUAUUGGGACUUGUCUGGUCAAGGGUAUAAGGUUAAGGAAUGGCAACAACAACAUCCAGAAAAAUUGCACGCAGUUCAAUCUCAAUUACAAGCCCAAUUAUCGAACCAAAAGGGUGAACCAGUUAUGAGUAGUGCAGUGACUCCUGCUAGAAGUUACUCAUCUGAUGUUAAGAAAGAGUAA